AUGUUGCCUGGACUUCACAAUACUUUCGCCCUCCCCAAGAAGAAUGCUGGAAAAUCUCAAAAAGUUAACAAAGGAAAAACCUCUCCAGAAGUUGAGGAUGAUGUAAAAACUGCUCCUGUGGAGAAGAAGACGCCAGAAACAGUUGAAACUAAUGAAGCUGCAGCUCCAGCUCCAGUUGCUGAAACCAAGGAGAAAAGAGGACGUGGAAAGAAAGCUCAACCACCAGUAGCAAAAUCUGAAGAAAUGAGUUCAUCACCCAAAGUUAAUCCUGAACCAGUUGAGGAAACUGCACAAGAAAAGGACGUUCAGGUGUGGGUGUUCAAGGUGGUUGCAGAGCCUAAAUCAAAGCCUGGACCAAAAUCUAAAACAGGGCCUAAAUCCAAAAUGAAAACUAAACCAACUGAAGCGGAAUCUGAAACUACUCAGGUUGUUGAACCAGAAGUUGUGGAGAAGAAAGGGCGAGGGAAAAGGGGUAACCAAGUGCUCGAUACAGCGCCUCCAACCGUCACAGAGGUGGUUACUGAUCAACCCGAAGUCCAAGCUCCGCCAGUCGUUGCUGCAGCAACUGAAGUUUCUCCAGCUCCGAAGGAAUCAGAAAAUCUAGUCACAAACGAACCAGACACUAAAGAGAAACGGGGCCGAGGCAGACAAGCUUCAUCGAAAGACGGAGCCAAAAAAGCUGCCAAGGCCAGUGAGGAGCCGCUACCUAAUGACGAGACUGAAUCUCCUCUUCCCGCAUCUCCUGUAGCUGAAACUAAAGAAAAGCGAGGCAGAGGACCACAGGCCAAGGCGCAAGCUGAAGCUCCUGUCGAAGAAACGACCGAAGCUGUAGAAGUUGUUCCAGCCAAAAGAGGUCGUGGGAAGAAGGCAGCCGCUCCAGCUGCGUCCAAAGCUGACGCCGAGGAGGAAGCAGUUGAAGAGGUAAAGGAGACUAAACCCAAAGGAAAGAAAGGUGCCGCUGCUGCCAAGAAACAUGUUGAAGAAGAAGAGAAACCUGCAGUCCCAGAAGAACCGGCUGCGUCCAAGGUUGACGCCGAGGAGGAAGCAGUUGAAGAGAGAGGUCGCAGAAAGAAGGCAACCCCACUGGCCAAGGUGGCUGCGGAUGAAGAAGCCGAGGCAGUUGAAGAGGUUAAAGAGACUAAAGCCAAAGGAAAGAAAGGACCUGCGGCGAAGAAACAGGCUGAGGAAAAAGUUGCUGCCGUUCCGGAAGCAGCGGAAAAGCCCCAGAAAACUACCAAAAGAGGAAAAGCUGCUGUUGCUACUCCGGAUGAAUCAGAGGCGAGUCCAACCAAGAAACCAAAAGGAGCACCGCUCGAAACGGAAGGUGUUAGGAAGUCUUCAAGAACCCAAGUGGUCAAGACUUAUGCAGAUGAAUCUUCAGAGUCACUUGAUCAGCCCGCUUCCAAGAAACGUGGCGGAAGGAAGAAGGCAGCAGCCAACGGCAUGGAUGGAGUCGCUGAAGAGGCCGAGGAUACAAACAAAUUUGCAUCUUAA